AUGGUGCAAACAUUUGGAGCUCUAAACAAUGAAACAACUAAAUUUCAAUUCAAACUUAAAUUAACUACACUCACAAAACGGGGAAUGGGGAAGUUACAUCUUGUUAUUUUGGUAACAUUCAAAGAUGGGAUCCCACCUGACCAAAUCGACCAACUGAUUAAGCAAUAUGCUAAUCUUGUCAAUCUCAUUGAACCUAUGAAGGCUUUUCAUUGGGGUGAGAAUGUGAGCAUAGAGAACUACCACCAAGGUUUCACUCACGUUUUUGAGUCAACGUUCGACAGUACAGAAGGUGUUGCAGAGUAUAUAGACCAUCCAGCUCAUGUUGAAUAUGCAAAUACAUUGAUUCCUCAGCUGGAGAAAUUCCUCGCCGUCGACUACAAACCAGAGAAACUCAGUCCAUAAACUGGUUCACAAAUGGAUGCACAAGUUUUUACUUUUCUGUACUGAAAUCCAAUAAGAAUGACAAACUUUUCUAAAGGGUGUAUCUCUUGUUUGUUUGAAACUAUUGUAUCACUUGAUAGCCGCUAAUGCGAGUAACUGAUGGUCA